GCUUGGCACGGGCGUCUUUCCCUCGCUCUGCCUGGGCUCCCGGGCUCCUUGCAGCCGUAGAGGCGGGUGCUCGGCUGCACCAUGUUUCUCCACUCCGUCAACCUCUGGAACCUGGCGUUCUACGUCUUCAUGGUGCUCCUGGCCACCCUGGGGCUGUGGGAUGUCUUCUUCGGCUUCGAGGAGAACAAGUGCAGCAUGAGCUACAUGUUCGAGUACCCGGAGUACCAGAAAAUAGAACUUCCAAAGAAAUUGACAAAACGCUAUCCAGCCUAUGAGCUAUAUCUUUAUGGAGAAGGGUCAUACGCUGAAGAACACAAAAUUCUCCCUUUGACAGGAAUUCCCGUUCUCUUCCUUCCUGGCAAUGCUGGAAGUUACAAGCAAGUUCGUUCUAUUGGCUCGAUCGCACUUAGGAAAGCAGAAGACAUUGACUUCAAGUACCAUUUCGACUUCUUCAGCGUGAACUUCAAUGAGGAGCUGGUGGCAUUGUAUGGUGGGAGUCUUCAGAAGCAGACCAAGUUUGUUCAUGAAUGCAUUAAAGCAAUUCUCAAGCUCUACAAGGGUCAAGAAUUUGCUCCCACAAGUGUGGCAAUAAUUGGUCAUUCUAUGGGUGGCCUUGUUGCCAGAGCAUUGCUUACACUGAAAAACUUUAAACAAGAUCUGAUAAAUCUUCUUGUCACACAAGCCACCCCUCAUGUGGCCCCUGUGAUGCCGUUAGAUCGUUUCAUUACCGAGUUUUAUAUGACUGUAAACAACUAUUGGAUUUUAAAUGCUCGGCACAUAAAUUUGACUACACUUUCUGUAGCUGGAGGAUUCCGGGAUUACCAAGUUCGUUCAGGACUGACUUUUCUACCAAAAUUAAGCCAUCAUACCAGUGCCUUAUCUGUUGUGAGCUCAGCAGUGCCUAAGACCUGGGUCUCAACAGACCAUCUCUCCAUCGUAUGGUGUAAACAGUUGCAGUUGACUACAAUUCGAGCUUUCUUUGAUCUUAUUGAUGCUGAUACCAAACAAAUAACUCAAAAACCUAAGAAGAAGUUGUCUGUGUUGACUCACCAUUUUAUAAGACACCCAGCUAAACAGUUUGAAGAAAACCCAUCAAUACUUUCUGACCUAACAGGGACAUCUAUGUGGGUUCCAGUAAAAGUGUCCAGAUGGUCCUAUGUGGCUUAUAAUGAAUCUGAUAAGAUUUAUUUUACAUUUCCUCUUGCAAAUCAUAGGAAAACCUACACUCACAUCUACUGCCAGAGCACCAUGCUGGAUACAAAUAGUUGGAUUUUUGGCUGCAUAAACAGCACAUCUAUGUGCCGGCAAGGGGUUGAUUUAUCAUGGAAAGCUGAGCUGCUGCCAACAAUUAAGUCCCUGACGUUACGACUGCAGGACUAUCCGUCUCUGUCGCAUGUUGUGGUCUACGUACCGUCUGUCCAUGGAAGUAAGUUUGUCGUAGAUUGUGAGUUCUUUAAAAAAGAAACAAGAUCCUUACAGCUUCCUGUGACUCAUCUUUUUUCCUUUGGAUUAUCUUCAAGGAAGGUGAUACUAAAUAUGAGUGGCCUGUACUACAAUGUAGAGCUUCUGAACUUUGGGCAGAUAUACCAAGCGUUUAAAGUCAACGUGGUAAGCAAGUGCUCUGGAGGCAAAGAAGAGAUAACUAGUAUCUACAAACUUCACAUCCCCUGGUCUUACGAAGACUCCCUCACCAUUGCACAGGUACCAUCUUCCACAGAGAUUUCUCUGAAACUUCAUGUUGCUCAGCCGGAAAACGACAGCCACGUGGCGUUGUUAAAAAUGUACACGUCCUCAGACUGUCAGUAUGAGGUGACAAUUAAGACUUCCUUUCCACAAAUACUUGGACAGGUGGUUAGAUUUCAUGGUGGGGCUCUUCCUGCCUACGUUGUCUCUAGCAUCCUUCUGGCUUACGGAGGACAGUUAUAUUCUCUCUUCUCAACAGGUUAUUGCUUAGAAUAUGCAGCCAUACUGGAUAAAGAAGCCAAACCGUACAAAGUUGACCCGUUUGUAAUUAUGGUUAAGUUUUUGUUGGGGUACAAAUGGUUUAAGGAAUUAUGGGAUGCAGUGUUGUUGCCGGAAUUAGACGCCAUCGUGCUAACUAGCCAGAGUAUGUGCUUCCCUCUGGUGUCCCUGAUCCUCUUUCUGUUUGGGACCUGCACUGCCUACUGGAGUGGUCUGCUGUCUUCUACGUCUGUGCAGCUUCUCUCCUCUCUGUGGCUAGCCCUGAAGAGACCUGCUGAACUUCCUAAGGAUAUCAAGGUGAUGUCACCAGACUUGCCUGUUCUGACAGUUGUCUUUCUCAUAGUGAGCUGGACGACUUGUGGAGCACUUGCCAUACUUCUGUCUUAUCUGUACUAUGUGUUUAAGGUUGUCCAUCUGCAAGCCAGCCUAAUGACCUUUAGAAGCAACCAGCCAGUGAAUCCCAAACACUCUAGAAGAAGUGAAAAGAAGUCCAACCACCAUAAAGACUCCUCAGUGCAGGGUCUUCGCCUGUCUGCCAACGAUGCUGAGGACAGUCUGCGCAUGCACGGCACCGUGAUUAACCUGCUCACGUGGGUGGUGCUGCUCAGCAUGCCGUCUCUCAUCUAUUGGUUAAAGAACCUUAGGUAUUAUUUUCAACUCAGUCCCGACCCAUGUAAACCCCUGGCAUUUCUCCUUAUUCCAGCUAUAGUGAUUCUUGGAAAUACUCACACAGUUUCAGUAAAGUCAAGUAAAUUGCUGAAGACUGCCUCGCAGUUCCCGCUUCCUCUGGCUGUCGGCGUCAUUGCGUUUGGCUCCUCCCACUUAUACAGGGUCCCCUGCUUUGUCGUCAUCCCUCUUUUAUUCCACGCGUUAUGCAACUUUAUGUGAGCCUGGACUUCGAGGAUGACAAAAGCGAUGUACGCCUUUAGGACCAGGGAUGCAGUGAACGCAGCUCGACCCACCGGCACAGUGCGGUCCUUCGGAGAAGACGAGUCUAUUUUUACAGUAUCGGACAUAGGAGAUUAGUUUUGUAAUGCUUGAGGAAAGUAGUCGAAGCAUGGUUUCAUUUCGUGAUGUAGCGUUCGUAUACUUGUCAUACCUGAGAAGUUAGUGAAGGGGACUCCUGUCAUAGCGACUGGCUUUCCUCAGCCAUUCCAGGAAUCUUCUAGAGACUCUGUAGACGGAGCAUUGUUUAUAAUCAUGGGAAACCACUGCAGGUUUCAUCAGACUUUGUUUUGAAAAGUGGGUUUUGUGUUUGCUGUCAUUUACAUAUUCAGAAUAAGUCCUCAAAGGUUGUUCAAAGUCACAACUGUUUCCCAGAAGUAAAAUAGUCAUGAUGCAAUCUUUGGUCAGGUUUUGGCAGCCACGGUGAACAGUUUGAUCUGUCUUCUUACAUCUAUGAAAAAGAGCCUCAAAUUAAAGGGAGACUUUUUGGUUAACUAUUGCACUUAAGAUUCAAAACGAGGACAUUUUCUUGAGCCUUCAAAUAUGACUCUUACUGUGUAUUCUUGGUGAAUAUUAAAAGCAUAAAAGAAAUUCUACCAAAAGAUCUAUUAUCAAAAGACUAUUCCUGUGGAUCUGCAUUGGCACAAUCAGUUUCUACACCGGAUUAAACCAGGGACCCCGUGGUUGCCAAAAGUGCCUCUGGUAAUGAUAGGUUGUUAAAAUUACUCAAUUCCAGAGGUUGGAACAAC